UCUUUCCCCUGAUAGCAAUUUCCCUAAAACACCUUCCCACAAAAGCGUCACACAUAGAACCCCAUCUCCGCCUCCGGCCACACUCAUCAAUCUCCGAGCCGCCUUUAGGGUUUCGAAUCGCCGGAAAAAUCCGAUUUUGCGACGAAACUGUAUAGGUGAUUGGGGUAAUUGUAUGAUAAUAUAAAGAUGCCACCAAAGCAAUCGAAAGCGGAUUUAGCGAAGAAGCAGAAGGUAGUAGAAGACAAGACAUUCGGUCUGAAAAACAAAAAUAAGUCCAAAAAUGUCCAGAAAUAUGUUCAGUCCCUUAAGCAAAAUGCCGUGCCUAAACCUGACCCUAAGAAACUUGAUGCCAAGAAAAAGAAGGAAGAAGAGAAAGCCAAAGAGAGAGAGCUGAACGAAUUGUUCAAAGUCGCUAUUAGCCAGCCUAAAGUGCCUCUUGGUGUUGAUCCAAAAUCAAUCUUAUGUGAGUUCUUUAAGGCGGGGCAAUGUGCUAAGGGUUUCAAGUGCAAGUUCUCUCACGAUCUGAAUGUUCAGCGAAAAGGAGAGAAGAUUGAUGUUUUCAGUGAUAAGCGUGAUGAAGAUGGAAAGGAAACAAUGGAGGAUUGGGAUCAAGAGACAUUGGAGAAGGUUGUGGCAUCAAAAAGUCAGGAGUAUAACAAGAACAAACCAACUGACAUUGUAUGUAAAUACUUUUUGGAAGCUGUGGAGAAAAAGCAGUAUGGUUGGUUUUGGGUCUGUCCAAAUGGUAGUAAAGAAUGCCAUUACAGGCAUGCGCUUCCUCCUGGAUACAUUCUAAAGUCACAAAUGAAAGCUUUGUUACAAGAGGAAGCUGACAAGAUGCCUAUUGAAGAAGAAAUUGAUGAACAGCGUGCAAAAUUGACUGCUUCAACUCCUUUGACCACUGAGUUGUUUAUGGAAUGGAAAAAGAAGAAGAUGGAAGAAAGAGAGGCCAGUUUGGCUAAGCAGAGGGCAGAUAGAGCUAAGAAUGAUCGCAUGAGUGGUCGUGAGCUGUUCAUGUCGGACGCUAGCUGGUUUGUGGAUGAUGUUGGGGCCUAUGACAAGUAUGAACGGGAAGAAGAGUCCAGUGAACCCCCAAAGGAGAAUAAGGAAUCUGCUAGAGAUGAGGCAAGCUCCUCAAUGUCAGCCCGGGAUAUUCAUGAUGGUGGUGAGGCUUCUCAUAACAAUGAAGUUAAUGACAAUUAUGAUGAUGAUGACGACGACGACGAUGAUGAUGACCUGGAUGUGGACGAGUUAAAUGAACUGGAAGCUAGCCUUUCAAAAACAUCGUUACAAAUCAAUGAACCUGGUAGUCACGCUUGAUCCUUGUGCCCAAAUUUAUGCGCACGAUCUACUUUUCGGUGCAUGCUCUUUCAUGUCUACGUGAUGCAGAAUCAUUAUAGCAUCCAAAUGGAAUGAAUUGAAAUGGAAGCAUAGCAUAUCCGUGUCGUGAUGCCCCUAAUAAUAGUUUGCUAUUUUAUUAGGCUUUUUACCCUCAGUUCAAUGAGUUGUGACUGUUGCUUCUGGAAUUUUGUGAUGAAUUGAACUUUUCUAGUCGUUUUGCCAGCCACAGAGAGAGCUAUCAUUUGUAUUUUAUUACUCUAGCUACUACUGCUACUACUAUGCUUUGAAGCAUGGGGUGGCCUUCUCCUGCCCUCAAUAAAUUACAGAUUCUUUGAGGGCCAUUAUGUCAUCUGUUGAGGUUUGUUGACAAUUUUAUAAGUGUUAUGCUCUUUGUCAUC